AUGACCGUUCACCUCCGUCCAGCCACCGAAGCUGAUCUGGCCGACAUCGUCGAUGUCUCAACAGCCGCAUUUCCGCCAAGCGUAGACGCCAUUGUCCGCCGUCUCUUCCCAGGCGACCUGCACCAUUCUGAGGGUGUCAGGAAAGUGAGAUUGGCGCGCAAAUCGGCCACGUUUCAACUCAAAUCGACUGUUAUGAUGCUUGCUGUCGAUGACAACAACGGCCAGAAGACAGUGGUAGGCUAUUCGAUCUGGGAAAUUCCUGUCCCAGAAGAAGAGCCUGUUGAGAAUCCGAAAGGAAAACAUGAUGAUGAUGAUGAUGAUGAUGAUGAUGAUGAAGACGACGAAAGACCUAAACCACCGCCAAUGGCGCAGGAAGGGAUGGAUCUAGCUGCCUUCGCGGAACUGCGUCGCAUGCUCGGUGAAGAUGUGAGCAAGAGCUUUGGUGAAAGGGGGACUAGCGAUGUGUGGAUAGUAAUUCAGAUGAAUGCUCCAGCUCUCGACUCCCUCGGUGUUCACCCCCAACACCAGAAGAAAGGUAUCGGCAAAAUGCUGCUGGACUGGGGAAUGAAGGAAGCAGCAAAACAGGGGAGAGACUGUUAUUUGGUUGCUACUCCUGCCGGGCUUCCUCUUUAUCGAGCUGCUGGAUUCGAGGAUGUUAGGAUUGUGGAUAUUUUUGGUACGCCGCACGUGUCUAUGAGAAAGCGCAAUGCUUCGUGA